AAGUUGUUGGCCAUGGCGAAAUCGUCCAAGCGAGGUCCGGUGAAGAACGGUGCAUCCGUGCAUGCAGCUCCUGUUGCCGAGAAGCGAAAGGCCGUGUAUUACAGUGGGUCGAGCGACGAAGAAGACGACUCGUACAGGAGGGGUAUUCCGUUGCCGUCGCUCGAGAAUGCUCGAGUCCGCGACUUCACGGAUCAAGUGAUCGUGGUGGAGGCCAAAAGCAAGAAGAACAAGAAGAAGGGUAAGAAGGAGCCGGCACACGUACCGAAUGAAGAGCCUCGGAAGAAGAAACCUCUCGAGGAUUUGCCGUUGGAAGAGCGAAAGAAGCGACUGCUUGAGCAACAAGCAAUUCGGUCCGAAAAGGUCGUGUGGCGCAAGUUUGGUCGGGAAAACUCGGCAUUUGAAGAGUACUACCGCAAUUUGUGGGGUUUCGAUCAAGAAGAAUGGAGAACGUUUACUAAGUGCUUGGAAACCCCUCCGUCCGUGCACUUUCGAAUCAACGGCACAUUCCGCAGCUUAAGCGACAUAGCCAAAGGCAGCUUAGAGUGCGACUUCGAUGUGGAUGGGUCUGUGCUGAAGCUGCCUUCUGGCGAGGAAAAGCCCUUGCAAUUGCGACCUGUCGCAUUUGACGAGGCUACGUGGAAGAUUAACGUGGACAGCAAGACCCUGCGAAAAACCAAGCAAUUGGACGGUGUUAACACUUUCGUUCGAGACCAAACCACGAUCGGAACUCUUAUCCGCCAAGAACCCACCAACAUGUUGCUGCCCAUCUACUUGGACGUCCAGCCUGGCCAUAGUGUGCUGGACUUGAAUGGAUCGGGGGCAAGCCGCGCAGCACAAAUCGUUCAAGGGUUGCAGGACCAAACCGACGAGUUCGAGCCCAAGGGCGUGCUCGUGGUGAACGAACAUGAUGCUGCAAGUGCGACUAAGGCCGUUCGCAUGGUCUCACAAACCGUGGCAAAUGCUGCCAGUGUGAUUGUCACAGCUCACAAGAGCGAAGAGUUCCCCUCACUUGACGACGACAAUUCCGUAUUGUUUGACCGCAUUCUGUGCUCCGUACCAUGCUCCGGGGACGGCUCGAUCCGGAAGUUCCCAGAAAAGUGGCGGUGUUGGACGCCAAAUACAGCGUUUGGAUUCCACGCAACACAGUUGGAAUUGGCCUCGCGCUCGCUCCAGCUCUUGGCCGUGGGCGGCCGCCUCGUGUACGCGACUCGAGCGUUUAGCCCAGUGGAAAACGAAGCCGUUGUAGCUGAGUUACUGCGAUCGGGAGCUUGCACAGUACGUGUAUACUUUGCUGCUUCUUGGAUUCCUUGUGCUGGUUGCUGCGAUGAUGUGCGAGGUUUAACAUUCGUCCCAGUUGGUGGACGUAUCCGACGUUGUGCCUUCAUUGCAAACCCGGCCCGGGCUGGCCUCUUGGACAGUCGUGGACGACUCGUUAUCUGUGCUCAAAUCAUACGAGUCCACUUCGGAAGACAUGCGCCGCCGGCUCAGGCUUCGUUCGACCAUGUUCGCUCCUUCAUCGUCAGAGGCUUCGUCAUUCCAUUUGGAUCGGUGUGUCCGGGUCUUGCCUCACGACAACGACACCCACGGCAUAUUUGUCGCCGUCCUUGAGAAGACGAAAGAUGUCGAGGCCGUUGCAGUUGGACCUGCCGCCGCGCCGCCGGCAUCCGUGGCCAAGAAGGACAAGAAACAUGCAUCCAACAAGCAACAGGCGAAGCAGAAACAACGUGUCGGCGUGUACAGCCCUGUCGAUCCCGCGCAUUACAAGGUUGUGUCGAAGGGGUUUGGCAUCGACUUAGCGCCGACGUUUUUUGUGGAGCAUUUGAACUUUACCAAAACGCGUGACGUCCAUUUUGUCACGGAGGGCGUCGCCAAGGUACUGGUGACCUAUGCAGGACGACUGCAUGUGCACAAAGCAGGGACAACUGCGUUUCACAUGACCCCCUCAGGUUGUGUUGUCGCCGACGACGGCCUUCGUGCAAUUGUUCGACACUGCUCGGACCGUGUGAUCUCGUUGGGCAUGGAAGAAUUCACUCAACUUGUGAACGUCAAGCAUGCAUGGCUCAAGCACUUGAGUGAGAACGCCCAAACCCAGCUCAACAAGUUGGACGAUGGCAGUGUCAUGUUGGCCCUCGAUGAAAGCGAACCGGUACAAACGGCGGACACGGACAUUGUCGUCAUCGCGAACAAGCGCCAUUCGUCGUUGUCGGUCACGGCAUCUUCCAGCGCGCUUGGGCGUAUCAAGGCGCUGAUGCUCGAAUUGAAUGUCGAUGAAGAGGAUGAGAAGGACGGAUAUGACUCGAUGGAGUACGACGAGUAGUUCCCGACGGGGCUGUAGGAAUCGACGUGGCAAGACGAAAAUACAAGUUUUUCCCAGCUCAAACUGCGGCCGUUGGGACACGUCUGGCAUGGCUGUGCAUAGUUGCGGGGAACACCUAGGAAGCACUUGUCAACCAAAUUACUAUCGAG